AUGGCUUCCCCAUUGUUAUCCCUCUUCUUCCUCGCCACAAUUAUCCGCCUCCCUUCACCGUCCACGGCCUACUCCAACAGCUACACCAAACUAGCCCUCAAUCCCAUUGACGCAUGCUGGAGGACCAACCCCAACUGGGCGGCCAACCGCCGCGCCCUGGCAGACUGCGCCGUCGGGUUUGGCAGUGACGCAUUGGGAGGCAAAUUCGGGUCAAUCUACGUGGUCAUAGACCCGUCGGACGACCCGGAAUACCCGAAGCCCGGAACGCUGCGUUUUGGGGUGAUCCAAGAGGAGCCAUUAUGGAUUGUAUUCGCAAGAGAUAUGGUGAUUACUCUGGAAAGAGAGCUGAUGGUGAACAGCUUCAAGACCAUUGACGGGCGAGGGGCUAAAGUGGAAAUUGGCAAUGGGCCAUGCAUUACCAUCCAAAACGUGAGCCAUGUCAUAAUCCACGGCAUCACCAUCCGUGACUGUAAGCCGGCCAAGCCUGGGCGCGUGAGAAGCUCACUCACCCAUUGUGGAGACCGCCAACAGUCCGAUGGUGACGCCAUUUCUGUAUUCAGUUCUUCCCAUAUUUGGAUCGACCAUUGCUCCUUGGCUAGCUGCACUGACGGCCUCAUUGACGUCAUCCACGCUUCCACUGCCGUCACCAUCUCUAAUAAUUACUUCUCUCAACAUGAUAAAGUGAUCCUUCUCGGACACAACGAUGAAUUUACCGCUGAUCGAAUUAUGAGAGUGACCGUAGCCUUCAAUCGUUUCGGCGAUGGGCUUGUUCAAAGAAUGCCAAGGGUGAGAUUUGGGUAUGCCCAUGUUGCCAAUAAUUGGUACCAUAAGUGGGAAAUGUACGCUGUGGGUGGCAGUGCAGAUCCAAAAAUCUUCAGCCAAGGAAACUACUUUGAUGCUCCUGAUGAUUCAUCCUCAAAGCAGGUUACAAAGAGAGAGGUUUAUGUGAAUGGAUGGAAGAAGUGGAAAUGGAGGUCUUCAAAUGAUGUGUUUGUGAAUGGGGCUUAUUUCAUCCCAUCUGGGUGGGGGUCUUGUACGCCUAUCUACACUCGAGAUCAAGCUUUUCCUGUGGCUCAUGGCUCUUUGGCUCCUCUUUUGACUGAUACCGCUGGCGCUUUGUGUUGUGUUGUUGGUAAAGCUUGUUGA